AUGGCAUCUCUCUUGCUCGGAGCUCCUCCCAUGGCAGCAGCAGCAGCUUCCCAAUUCCAAACCAUCACCAUUGCCCCUUCUCUCUCCUUCUCCAAUUCACUAACCCUAAUUCUGUCCCCUAUUCGACUUUCAUAUUCCAUCUCCACCUCCUCCUCCUCUGCUCCAACUCUCCCUCUCGUUUACUGCGGCAGGGGUGACAAGAAAACUGAGAAAGGAAAGCGUUUCAGACAUUCCUUCGGCAAUUCGAGGCCCAAGAACAAGAAGAAGGGAAGAGGGCCGCCUAGGGUUUAUGCGCCGCCGAGAAAAGAUGACUACGAGAAUGAUGAGGUGGUCACAUUUACCGAGGAAGAGCAGCUUCCCUUCGAAUAA